GUGGGUGUGGGUGUGGGUGUGGGUGUGGGUGUGGGGUGUGUGUGGGUGGGUGUGGGUGUGGGUGUGGGUGUGGGUGGGUGUGGGUGUUGGUUUGAGUGUGGGUGUGGGUGUCGGUUUGAGUGUGGGUGUGGGUGUGGGAUGAAUAAAAGCAAUACCCACACCCAACUCCUUCAAACAUAAAAUUUCGAAAGAAAGCAAAAUUUGAACCAAAAGUGAUGAUUUGGAUGGCCAUCUCCACAAAGGGAAUUUCCGACGUUUACGUUCACAAAAGCAAGUUAGGUGUUGAUCAAAAAAAAAUAUUUACAAGAAUGUAUCAAUAAACGAUUAAUACCAUUUAUUGAUAAAUACCAUUAUGAUGGAAAUUAUUUAUUCUGGCCUGAUUCGGCAAGUUCACAUUAUUCCAAAGUUGUGCAAGAACAUUUAAAUAAAAAAAACAUAUCAUUUAUUUCUCGUGAUGAUAAUCCACCAAAUGUACCACAAGUACGUCCAAUUGAACGUGUUUGGUCUGUACUCGAACAGAAAAUAUAUGCAAACAACUGGGAAGCAAAAAAUGCAGAUCAUUUGAUUCGAAGAAUCAAACAAAAGGCAAAAGAACUUGAUCAACCAACGUUGCAAGCCAUGAUGGAGGGUGUUCGGAAAAAGCUUCGGUCUAUGUGGCGAGAUGGACUGUAUUCAGUCUGUUAA